UGAAUGGUGAUUGGAUGAACGAUGCAGACGAUCAGACCAAUCAGUGAGCAGCUGAAAUCAAGCAUGUCAGUUUAGCUAUAUAAGUGUGGAGAUGUGCCGGUAUGCGAUUAAUUUGACGUGACUUGACUGUACUUGUCGACAUCGGUUGUCAGAAAGCAUCAUCAUGCGUGAAUGCAUUAGUCUCCAUGUUGGUCAAGCGGGUGUCCAGAUGGGAGAUUCGUGUUGGGAGUUGUACUGUCUGGAGCACGGGAUUGAGCCAGAUGGGCGAGUGUUGGUUGACUCGACAAUUUCGACGAGUGGAAGUGGAAAUGACGCAUUCGGUACAUUCUUCAGUGAGACGGGUUCCGGUCACUAUGUUCCACGUGCAGUGUUUGUUGAUCUUGAACCGACGGUGGUUGAUGGUUUACGCCAUGGGAAGUACAAGCAGUUAUUCCACCCGGAGCAGAUGAUUACUGGCAAGGAGGAUGCGGCGAAUAACUAUGCGCGUGGCCACUACACGGUGGGCAAGGAGCUAGUGGACGAAGUGUUGGAUCGGAUACGAAAGCUGUCGGAGAGAUGCACUGGUCUUCAGGGCUUCCUCAUAUUCCAUUCGUUUGGAGGUGGUACUGGUUCAGGUUUUACCUCGCUACUGAUGGAACGGUUGUCGGUGGAUUUUGCGAAGAAGGCGAAACUGGAGUUCGCAGUAUAUCCCGCUCCACAUAUCUCUACAGCUGUCGUUGAGCCGUAUAACUCAAUCCUGACGACUCAUACGACGUUGGAGCACUCAGAUUGUGCUUUCAUGGUGGACAACGAGGCGAUUUACGAGAUAUGCCGUCGAAAUCUGACCAUUGAUCGCCCAUCAUACACGAACUUGAAUCGUCUGAUUGGCCAAGUGGUGAGCUCGGUAACAGCUUCACUUCGAUUCAGUGGCGCGUUGAAUGUGGAUUUGAACGAGUUCCAGACGAACCUUGUACCUUAUCCACGUAUUCAUUUCCCGUUGACGACAUAUGCACCGGUCAUCUCAGCUGAGAAGGCAUUCCACGAGCAGCUGAGUGUCUCAGAGAUCACGAACUCGUGCUUUGAGCCAGUGAAUCAGAUGGUGAAGUGUGAUCCACGGAAUGGGAAGUAUAUGUCGUGUUGCUUGUUGUAUCGUGGUGACGUUGUUCCGAAGGAUGUGAAUUCAGCGAUAGCGAGUAUCAAGACCCGGAAGUGUAUUCAAUUUGUGGAUUGGUGCCCUACAGGUUUCAAGGUGGGCAUCAAUUAUCAGCCGCCUACGGUUGUUCCUGGUGGUGAUUUGGCUAAGGUGAAACGUGCUGUCUGUAUGUUGAGCAAUACAACGGCGAUAUCUGAAGCGUGGUCACGUUUGAACCGGAAAUUCGAUUUGAUGUAUUCGAAACGGGCUUUCGUGCACUGGUAUGUUGGUGAAGGUAUGGAGGAGGGAGAAUUUUCGGAGGCGCGAGAAGAUUUGGCUGCUCUGGAGAGAGAUUAUGAAGAAGUGGCCAGUGAGACGAGUGUGGAUGGGCAAUCAGAUGACGGUUAUUGAUGUAACAUAAAUCAAUUUGGUUAUUUCGAUUGUAAUGUAAUUGAUCAGAGUUUUCUUUUGUACCUAUAAACAAACUUA